AUGCAGGAAGCUUCCGUGCUGUUACGCGUGGUCGACACAGACAAGGAGAACGUACCCAAUGUCUGUGGAUCACGUUAUAAUGCUUACUGUUGUCCUGGAUGGAAAACCUUACCUGGUGGAAAUCAGUGUAUUGUCCCCAUUUGCCGGCAUUCCUGUGGGGAUGGAUUUUGUUCUAGGCCAAAUAUGUGCACUUGCCCAUCUGGUCAGAUAUCUCCUUCCUGUGGCUCCAGAUCCAUCCAACACUGUAACAUUCGCUGUAUGAAUGGAGGUAGCUGUAGUGAUGAUCACUGUCUGUGCCAGAAAGGAUACAUAGGCACUCACUGUGGACAACCUGUCUGUGAGAGUGGAUGCCUCAACGGAGGCAGGUGUGUGGCCCCGAAUCGAUGUGCCUGCACUUACGGCUUUACUGGACCCCAGUGUGAAAGAGAUUACAGGACAGGCCCAUGUUUUACUGUGGUCAGCAACCAGAUGUGCCAGGGACAGCUCAGCGGGAUUGUCUGCACAAAAACACUCUGCUGUGCCACGGUCGGCCGAGCCUGGGGCCACCCCUGUGAGAUGUGCCCUGCCCAGCCCCACCCCUGUCGCCGGGGCUUCAUUCCAAAUAUCCGAACGGGAGCCUGUCAAGAUGUGGAUGAAUGCCAGGCCAUCCCUGGGCUCUGUCAGGGAGGAAAUUGCAUUAAUACUGUUGGGUCUUUUGAGUGCAAAUGCCCUGCUGGACACAAAUUUAAUGAAGCAUCACAAAAAUGUGAAGAUAUUGAUGAAUGCAGCACCAUUCCUGGAAUCUGUGAUGGGGGCGAAUGUACGAACACAGUCAGCAGUUAUUUUUGCAAAUGUCCUCCCGGUUUUUACCCCUCUCCUGAUGGUACCAGAUGCGUAGAGGAUUUCAACAAGCUGUGCUCCGUCCCUUUGGUAAUUCCUGAGAGACCAGGAUAUCCUCCCCCACCCCUUGGCCCCAUUCCUCCUGUUCCUCCUGGCUUUCCUCCUGGACCUCCAGUUCCUGUCCCUCGACCCCCGGUGGAAUAUCCAUACCCGUCUCGGGAACCACCAAGGGUGCUGCCCGUCAAUGUCACUGAUUACUGCCAGUUGUUCCGCUAUCUCUGUCAAAAUGGACGCUGCAUUCCAACUCCUGGGAGCUACAGGUGUGAAUGCAACAAAGGAUUCCAGCUGGACCUCCGAGGGGAGUGCAUUGAUGUUGAUGAAUGUGAGAAAAACCCCUGUGCUGGUGGAGAGUGUAUUAAUAACCAGGGCUCGUACACCUGUCAGUGCCGACCUGGCUAUCAGAGCACCCUCACCCGGACGGAGUGCCGAGACAUCGACGAAUGUUUACAGAAUGGCCGUAUCUGUAAUAAUGGACGUUGCAUCAACACAGAUGGCAGUUUCCACUGUGUGUGUAACGCGGGCUUUCACGUGACACGAGAUGGGAAGAACUGUGAAGAUAUGGAUGAAUGCAGCAUAAGGAACAUGUGCCUUAAUGGAAUGUGUAUCAAUGAAGAUGGCAGUUUUAAAUGUAUUUGCAAACCUGGAUUUCAGCUGGCAUCAGAUGGGCGUUAUUGCAAAGAUAUUAAUGAGUGUGAAACACCUGGGAUCUGCAUGAAUGGGCGCUGUGUCAACACUGAUGGUUCCUACAGAUGUGAAUGCUUUCCUGGACUGGCCGUGGGUCUGGAUGGACGUGUGUGUGUUGACACACACAUGCGGAGCACAUGCUAUGGUGGAUACAAGAGAGGCCAGUGUGUCAAACCCUUGUUUGGUGCCGUUACAAAAUCUGAAUGCUGUUGUGCCAACACUGAGUAUGCAUUUGGGGAACCUUGCCAACCGUGUCCUGCACAGAAUUCAGCGGAAUAUCAAGCGCUCUGCAGCAGUGGGCCAGGAAUGACAUCAGCAGGCAGUGAUAUAAAUGAAUGUGCGCUAGAUCCAGAUAUCUGUCCAAAUGGAAUUUGUGAAAAUCUCCGUGGGACCUACAAAUGCAUAUGCAAUUCAGGAUAUGAAGUGGAUUCAACUGGGAAAAACUGUGUUGAUAUUAAUGAAUGUGUAUUGAACAGUCUACUUUGUGACAAUGGACAAUGUAGAAACACUCCGGGAAGUUUUGUCUGUACCUGCCCCAAGGGAUUUAUCUACAAACCUGACCUAAAAACCUGUGAAGACAUUGAUGAAUGUGAAUCAAGUCCUUGCAUUAAUGGAGUCUGCAAGAACAGCCCGGGCUCUUUUAUUUGUGAAUGUUCUUCUGAAAGUACUCUGGAUCCAACAAAAACUAUCUGCAUAGAAACCAUCAAAGGCACUUGCUGGCAGACUGUCAUUGAUGGGCGGUGUGAGAUCAACAUCAACGGAGCCACCUUAAAGUCCCAGUGCUGUUCGUCCCUUGGUGCUGCCUGGGGGAGCCCGUGCACCCUAUGCCAAGUUGAUCCCAUAUGUGGCAAAGGCUAUUCAAGAAUUAAAGGAACACAGUGUGAAGAUAUAAAUGAGUGUGAAGUAUUCCCAGGAGUAUGCAAAAAUGGCUUAUGCGUUAACUCUAAGGGAUCAUUUAAAUGUCAGUGUCCCAGUGGGAUGACCUUGGAUGCCACAGGGAGGAUCUGCCUAGAUAUCCGCGUGGAAACCUGCUUCCUGAGGUACGAGGACGAGGAAUGCACUCUGCCUGUUGCCGGCCGCCACCGCAUGGACGUUUGUUGCUGCUCCGUUGGGGCGGCCUGGGGUACUGAGGAAUGCGAGGAGUGUCCUGUGAGAAACACGCCAGAGUAUGAUGAGCUCUGUCCCAGAGGGCCCGGAUUCGCCACCAAAGAAAUUACAAACGGCAAACCUUUCUUCAAAGAUAUCAACGAGUGCAAGAUGAUCCCCAGCCUCUGCACCCACGGCAAGUGCAGAAACACCAUUGGCAGCUUUAAGUGCAGGUGUGACAGUGGCUUUGCUCUUGACUCUGAAGAAAGGAACUGCACAGACAUCGACGAAUGCCGAAUCUCUCCUGACCUCUGUGGCCGUGGCCAGUGUGUGAACACCCCGGGGGACUUCGAAUGCAGGUGUGAUGAAGGCUAUGAGAGCGGAUUCAUGAUGAUGAAGAACUGCAUGGCUGAGUACAAAAUUCUUUGUCCUGGAGGAGAAGGUUUUCGGCCCAAUCCUAUCACUGUGAUAUUGGAAGACAUUGAUGAGUGCCAAGAACUCCCGGGGCUGUGCCAAGGCGGGAAAUGUAUCAACACAUUUGGCAGUUUCCAGUGCCGCUGUCCAACUGGUUACUACCUGAACGAAGAUACCCGAGUGUGUGAUGAUGUGAAUGAAUGUGAAACCCCCGGAAUUUGUGGUCCAGGAACAUGUUACAACACUGUUGGCAACUAUACCUGUAUCUGCCCCCCAGACUACAUGCAAGUGAAUGGGGGAAACAAUUGCAUGGAUAUGAGAAGAAGUUUGUGCUACAGAAACUAUUAUGCUGACAACCAGACCUGUGACGGAGAACUUUUGUUCAAUAUGACGAAGAAGAUGUGCUGUUGUUCCUACAACAUUGGCCGGGCCUGGAAUAAGCCCUGUGAACAGUGUCCCAUCCCAAGCACAGAUGAAUUUGCUACGCUUUGCGGAAGUCAAAGGCCAGGCUUCGUCAUUGACAUUUAUACCGGGUUACCUGUUGAUAUUGACGAAUGCCGGGAGAUCCCAGGGGUCUGUGAAAAUGGAGUGUGUAUCAACAUGGUUGGCAGCUUCAGAUGUGAAUGUCCAGUGGGCUUCUUCUAUAAUGACAAGUUGUUGGUUUGUGAAGAUAUCGACGAGUGUCAGAACGGCCCUGUGUGCCAGCGCAAUGCCGAGUGCAUCAACACGGCGGGCAGCUUCCGCUGUGACUGCAAGCCCGGCUACCGCUUCACCUCCACCGGCCAGUGCAAUGAUCGCAAUGAAUGUCAAGAAAUCCCCAAUAUUUGCAGCCAUGGACAGUGUAUUGACACAGUUGGAAGUUUUUAUUGCCUUUGCCACACUGGUUUUAAAACAAAUGCUGAUCAAACCAUGUGUCUGGACAUAAAUGAGUGUGAGCGAGACGCCUGUGGGAAUGGAACUUGCCGCAACACCAUCGGGUCCUUCAACUGCCGCUGCAACCACGGCUUCAUCCUUUCCCACAACAACGACUGCAUAGAUGUUGAUGAAUGUGCAACUGGCAAUGGGAACCUUUGCAGAAAUGGCCAAUGCAUCAACACAGUGGGGUCCUUCCAGUGUCGAUGCAAUGAGGGCUAUGAGGUGGCUCCAGAUGGCAGGACCUGUGUGGAUAUCAACGAAUGUCUUCUAGAACCUGGAAAAUGUGCACCAGGCACCUGUCAAAACUUGGACGGGUCCUACAGAUGCAUUUGUCCCCCUGGAUACAGUCUACAGAAUGACAAGUGUGAAGAUAUUGAUGAGUGUGUGGAAGAGCCAGAAAUCUGUGCCUUGGGCACAUGCAGUAACACUGAAGGCAGCUUCAAAUGUCUGUGUCCGGAUGGGUUCUCCUUGUCCUCCACUGGGAGAAGAUGCCAAG